AUGAGCCGCUUCUGGUUUGCGAGAGAGUUGUCCACUCCAGGAUCCAGAGUUCAGCAGUCCCAGCGGAGACCAGGGCCAGGAGCAACACAGAGCGGAAUGGAGGAGAACCAGGACCCGGAAGUCCCCAGUAGACCAGCAGCAGGCUUCAGCUCUGAAAAACAGGGGAAAAGAGGGGGACUGAAACAUCACUGCUGUCAGCUCUGUGACAAAUCCUACGCUUCAGCUGCAUAUUUAAAGGUUCAUCUACGGGUUCAUACUGGAGAGAAACUGUACAGCUGUGACCAAUGUGGGAACGCUUUUACCACAGCACGGAGCCUGAGACAACAUCAAAGCAUUCAUACUGGAGAGAAACCUUACAGCUGUGACCAGUGUGGGAACGCUUUCACCACAGCACAUAGCCUGAGACAACAUCAACGCAUUCAUACUGGAGAGAAGCCUUACAGCUGUGACCAGUGUGGGAACGCUUUCACCACAGCAGAUAGCCUGAGAAGUCAUCAACGCAUUCAUACUGGAGAGAAACCGUACAGCUGUGACCAGUGUGGGAACACUUUCGCUGAGCCAAACACCCUGAGGCGACAUCGACGUAUUCAUACUGGAGAGAAACCGUACAGCUGUGACCAAUGUGAGAAGACCUUUGUCAACAAGCAUCACCUAGAACGCCACCGACGUGUUCACACUGGAGAGAAACCAUACGUGUGCGACCAAUGUGGGAAAGUGUUUUCUCAGAGUCAUCAUCUUAAUGCCCACCGACACGUUCACAGUGGAGCGAAACCAUACUGGUGUGAACAAUGUGGGAAAAUGUUUUCUCGGAGUGGUAACCUUAAAGCUCACCAACUCAUUCACACUGGAGAGAAACCUUAUAGCUGUGACCAAUGUGGGAACGCUUUCACCACUGCACAGAACCUGAGACAACAUCAACGCAUUCAUACUGGAGAGAAGCCUUACAGCUGUGAGCAAUGUGGGAGCGCUUUCACUCAGGCAGAGAACCUGAGACAACAUCAACGCAUUCAUACUGGAGAGAAGCCUUAUAGCUGUGACCAAUGUGGGAAAGCUUUCACUCAGUCACAGAACCUGAGACAACAUCAACGCAUUCAUACUGGAGAGAAGCCUUACAGCUGUGAGCAAUGUGGGAAUGCUUUCACCACUGCACAGGCCCUGAGACAACAUCAACGUAUUCAUACUGGAGAGAAGCCGUACAGCUGUGACCAGUGUGGGAACACUUUCACCACGGCAUAUAGCCUGAGACAACAUGAACUCAUUCACACUGGAGAGAAACCUUACAGCUGUGACCAAUGUGGGAACACUUUCACCACGGCAUAUAGCCUGAGACAACAUGAACUCAUUCACACUGGAGAGAAGCCGUACAGCUGUGGCCAAUGUGAGAAAACCUUUGUUACAAAAGGCAACCUAGAAUGCCACAGACCUGUACACACUGGAAAGAAACCGUACAGUUGUGGCCAAUGUGGGGAAAAUGUGUUCUCUGAGAAAAUCCCUUAAAGUUCACCAACGCGUUCACACUGAAGAGCAACUGUUCAUUUGGGACCAAUGUUUUAAUGUUUUAGAGCCAAGCUACUUUUUUUUUCAUGCCUCCUCUCCAUGUGCUGUGUUGCUAUAGAGCUUCUCUCUGAAAUUAAAGACUGACAGCAAUAACUGAAUCUGACUGCGUAGGUGUGAUCCAGUGGGGAGGAAGAGGCAAUAACUAAACAGAAACACAUUAUUAUUAUUAUUAUUAUUAUUAUUGUAUAAUUCUGACAAGAUGAUAUGACAAAAGGAUAUUGUAAACAUCAAGCUGUUGUUAACUCCAUUCUCAGCACCAACAUGGUCAUUAUUAUUUACUAUCUGAUACCAGUAAGAUAAUGAAUAACAUUAAAGCCCACACAGCCUGUAAUCAGUGGUGUAAUGUAACUUAUUACAUUUUCAUUCUGUGUUAUCUUUUUAUUGUUUAGAUUUUUUCAUUUUUUUAUUACAAUGUGUUGAUUUGUAUUUGGUUUCCUAUAUUUUUUGCGUUAACUUCAGCAGUGUUUGCAUUCCUGCUGGAAAACAUGUUUAUAUGUCUGGAUCGAUACAGAUGUUUGCAUAUGCACUG